AUGGCGUCACUGAUGAACAAGCCGAAGGCCGAGCUCACUCCAGAGGAGCUUGAGGAGCGGGAGAAGCACGAAUUCCAAACCGGGCCUCUUUCUGUUCUCACGGAAUCCGUACGCAACAAUACUCAAGUCCUAAUAAACUGCCGCAACAACCGCAAACUCAUGGGCCGAGUCAAGGCUUUUGACCGUCACUGCAACAUGGUGCUCGAAAAUGUGAAGGAGAUGUGGGUCGAGCGACCAAAGACGUCCAAGGGAAAAGGCGGGCAACCUGUCAAUCGAGACCGAUUCAUUUCAAAGAUGUUCCUUCGCGGAGACUCGGUCAUCAUCGUCUUGAAAAAUCCGCUCGAAGCUGCCAAGUAA